AAAAAGAGACAUGAGUUUCUUUAUGUCGGACGCUAAGCUCACGUGAAAACUGUAAUAAGUAAGACAACUUAGGGUAAAACCGUCAAUUCGCUCGUACGGUUCUCCGUAACUGUCUGAGAAUAUAAGAGGCGCAGUGUCCAGAGAAGCUCCGUGGACCGUAGAUUUUCCUUCUUCCUCUUCUUCCUCCAUACUGUUCUUUCUUUUUGAUCUCUCUCUAUCUCUAAGGAUCAUUCGUCCUAAGGUUAUCUGAAUUGUGUUGGUACAUGAAAUGUUUCUCUCUUUUUCUUUCUUCUGAAAAUUAUCUAAUGCUUUACACUAGAUUUGCAAAUGAUGUAAUGUAUUUCAUUUUAAAAUGGCUACUACAUAUAAGCCCAAGAACAUUCUCAUAACUGGAGCUGCUGGAUUUAUUGCUUCUCAUGUUGCCAACAGACUAAUCCGUAGCUAUCCAGAUUACAAGAUCGUUGUCUUGGACAAGCUUGAUUACUGUUCAGAUCUCAAGAAUCUCAACCCUUCGCAUUCUUCUCCAAAUUUCAAGUUUGUCAAAGGAGAUAUCGCUAGUGAUGACCUCGUUAGCUACCUUCUCAUCACUGAAAACAUCGAUACCAUCAUGCACUUUGCUGCUCAAACCCAUGUUGACAACUCCUUCGGUAACAGCUUUGAGUUUACCAAGAACAAUAUAUACGGCACUCAUGUUCUUCUUGAAGCCUGUAAAGUAACAGGACAGAUCAGGAGGUUUAUUCAUGUGAGUACCGAUGAAGUCUAUGGAGAAACAGAUGAGGAUGCUGCUGUUGGUAACCAUGAAGCUUCUCAGCUUUUACCGACGAAUCCAUACUCAGCUACUAAGGCUGGUGCUGAGAUGCUUGUGAUGGCUUAUGGUCGAUCAUAUGGAUUGCCUGUUAUCACUACCCGUGGGAACAAUGUUUAUGGGCCUAACCAGUUUCCUGAGAAAAUGAUUCCUAAGUUCAUGUUGUUAGCUAUGAGUGGUAAGCCGCUUCCGAUCCAUGGAGAUGGAUCUAACGUCAGGAGUUACUUGUACUGUGAAGACGUAGCUGAAGCCUUUGAGGUUGUUCUUCACAAAGGAGAAGUUGGUCACGUGUACAACAUCGGAACAAAGAGAGAAAGAAGAGUUAUUGAUGUGGCGAGAGACAUCUGCAAACUUCUAGGGAAAGAUCCUGAAUCAAGCAUUCAGUUUGUGGAGAAUCGACCUUUUAAUGAUCAGAGGUACUUCCUUGAUGAUCAGAAGCUGAAGAAUCUGGGUUGGUCGGAGAGAACCAGGUGGGAAGAUGGGUUGAAGAAGACAAUGGAAUGGUACAUUCAGAACCCUGAGUGGUGGGGUGAUGUCUCUGGAGCUUUGCUUCCUCAUCCGAGGAUGCUUAUGAUGCCUGGUGGAAGACUCUCGGAUGUUUCUGAUGAGAAGAAAGAGGCGUCGAGCAACACCGUUCAGACAUUCACGGUCGUAACACCUAACAACAAGACUGCUGGUUCUAAUGACAAAGCCUCGUUAAAGUUUUUGAUCUAUGGUAAGACUGGGUGGAUCGGUGGUCUUCUAGGGAAACUAUGUGAGAAGCAAGGGAUUACAUAUGAGUAUGGGAAAGGACGUUUGGAGGACAGAGCUUCUCUUAUUGCUGAUAUUCGUAGCAUCAAGCCGACUCAUGUGUUUAACGCUGCUGGUUUGACCGGGAGACCUAACGUUGACUGGUGUGAAUCUCACAAAGCCGAGACCAUUCGUGUCAAUGUCGCUGGUACGUUGACUCUUGCAGAUGUUUGCAGAGAGAGUGGUCUCUUGAUGAUGAAUUUCGCCACCGGUUGCAUCUUUGAGUACGAUGCUGCACAUCCUGAGGGUUCUGGUCUUGGCUUCAAGGAGGAAGACAAGCCCAACUUCACUGGUUCUUUCUACUCCAAAACCAAAGCCAUGGUCGAGGAGCUUUUGAGAGAGUUUGACAAUGUAUGUACUUUGAGAGUCCGGAUGCCAAUCUCAUCAGACCUAAACAACCCGAGAAACUUCAUCACCAAGAUCUCGCGUUACAACAAAGUGGUGAACAUCCCGAACAGCAUGACCAUUCUAGACGAGCUACUUCCAAUCUCCAUAGAGAUGGCCAAGAGAAACCUGAGAGGAAUAUGGAACUUCACCAACCCAGGGGUGGUGAGCCACAACGAGAUACUGGAGAUGUACAAGAGUUACAUCGAGCCAGGAUUUAAAUGGUCUAACUUCACAGUUGAAGAACAAGCUAAAGUCAUUGUUGCUCCUCGAAGCAACAAUGAAUUGGAUGGUGCUAAACUAAGCAAAGAGUUCCCAGAGAUGCUACCUAUUAAAGAGGCGCUGAUCAAAUACGUCUUUGGACCAAACAAGAGAACCUGAGCCCUCAGUGAACAAUACACUAUUUGCCACAAGUGCUUACCUAUAACUGUCUCUUUUUUUCCCUUUAUUUUUACAAAAAUGUCUUUUUUAUAUUUGCUCGUCAUCUUACAUCCUUGUAAGUAGUUUCACUAUAUUGAUUCUACUAAAAUAUAUGAUUUAUCAUUACUAUUUAUAGAGACGAGAGUUCUUC